AUCGCAUUUAUAUUAGCGAAGUACGUUUCACAUACUCGGUCGUUCGCAGGACGUGGAGUUUUUGCGGUGGAUGCAUUGGAAAAGGGUGACUUUGUGGCCGAGUACCGCGGUCAACUAAUAAACGGAGCUGAAAGCGAGAGGAGGAGGCGAGUGUACCAUCCUGCCGCUGCUGUCUUUCUUUUCGACUUUAAAUGGAAUAGGAAAAGCUGGUGCAUUGAUGGAGCCAAAGAUGAUGGCUCUGUUGGAAGAAUGAUAAAUGACAACCACAAAAGUCCAAACUGCAAAAUCAAGAAACUGGCAGUAGAUGGAAUGCCACACCUCUGCCUGUUUGCUUUAAGAGAUAUUCUUCCUGGUGAAGAAAUCACAUACAGCUAUGGAGAUGGACCAUGGCCUUGGAGAAAACAGGGAAAAGAAAAAGCCACUAUUGUGUCAUCACCAUUACAGACAAAUGACAAGGGCACUGGGGAAAGGGAUGUUGCCCAAAGCCAGAUCUUGGCUCAACAGCCUACACUGGCACAAGUAAAAGGCACUCUUGCUAUUGAUGAACAGAACCCUGAUGGAAGAGAGAAGACCCUCAGUCAUAGCUUAGCUGAAAAGACUUCUGAACCUCAAGAGAAAGAAGCAGUUAUUACUAAUGAGCAGACUGAAGACAACAGUGGAUCUGACACUGAACCAGUUUCUUUAGAAAAGAGAGAGCUUGACUGUACUGUGCCAAAACUUAAGCGCUCUGACAGUGUUAUUGUGAGCGAGGAGAUGCUUCAAAACUGUUCUGAGUCAUCAGAUUCCAGUAUGAACCACAGCGAUGAUGACUACAUUCCUAAGUCAUCAGAAGAGAGUAGUCCAGACUGCAGUAGUGACUGCUUAUCAGCACACAUGAAUGACAAAAUAGAUAAAGAUGAGAAAUCCUCUGCGUCAUGUUCCACGUGUGAUAGAACUGUACCUGAUUCCAGUGUUUCAGACUCUGAAAUUAAAGAAUAUGAUCCAGUAUCUGUAAAGGCAGUUUCUGUAAAACCGUGGAAGAAGAGUAUAUGA